GCUGCACCUACCAACCUACGAGUACCCCCCAUACAAUACACCACUCCCAACUCUCCGCGCACACAACCUGGAGCCGAGGAAAACCUUUCAUCAUGUCUUUAGACCCUCCUACUUAUCUCUCUUCCCUCCAAUACAAUAUUCGCGCUCGACCGAUUCCUUGGGAUGGAGCUGUCAGAGCCGGGACCAUUAGUGAGGACCAAUUGAGCAAGAUCCGAGCUGUAGACAAGGUCCGCAAGGAACAGCGAGAGAAGAUCAUUGAAGGUGAUCUGGAUGAGUAUCGAAAGCUGUUCGUAGGUGGAGAGGGCACCGCUAGUGUGCUGGAGUCGGCUGCGAGGAGUGCUCAUGUGGUACAAUAUGUUUUGGUGCUUUUGGGGGACUUGCUUGAGGGUUUGGAUGCCCAACUGCUAAUACAUGGUGGGAGUUGGCUAAUGGUGUUUCAAUAGGUAUUCCUGCUCUGUCGAAAGCUCUUUCGGAACACCCAGAUCCAUAUAAACCCUUCUUACCUCUGCUUGCGCAAUCGAAUGAUCCCGAAAGCCCAAUACCUCUUCUCACCUCUACUGUGCUUGCUAGUAUGAUGGGUGGGGUUUCAAAUACAUCCGACAAGGCAGCUGCGGCUAUGCCAAAGCUGUUCUCGUACCUGUCUACCUUGACCAAGACGACGGAUGGGGGACUACAGGAUAUUGCGGUCUUGCAGUACUCCACCUUGUUGGGGGGCAAGAAGUCGAGAGAUCUGUUCUGGCAACAGAGAAGCGAGACUAUUCAGCCUCUUGUUGGGAUCCUGAGAACUGCUGCUGGCAUUUCUCCGAAUGGGGACUCGGCGACGCUUUGGUCGGGUGCUCCUAGUGUCCGGAGUAAUCCUGAGGGCUCUUUGGGUGGAGGAGUUGGUCUCCAAUUGUUAUACCAUGUUCUUCUUGUUCUUUGGCAACUGAGCUUCGAGGGAGAAAGUGUUGGUGAAGGUCUUCAAGAGUAAGUUCGUUUCACACAAGCAAAUAUAUACAUGCUAACUUGAAAUAGCGAGUACGAUAUCAUCCCAUUAUAUGUCCAACUCCUGCGCCUUUCUCCCAAGGAGAAAACUACCAGACUUCUGGUCUCUUCGUUAUAUAACAUUUUAUCUGUGAAUAAGCAGACUCUCUUGCCUACCGCUGUCCUCGCUCGACUUCCCGCGCUAUUGCAAAACAUCAACGGUCGACAUCUCAACGAUCAAGACUUGCAGGAAGACCUCACAGCCCUAACAGAGAUGUUGGAAGAACACACCAAAACCCAAACCACCUUUGACGAAUACGCCGCAGAAGUCAACUCAGGACACCUCCGUUGGUCACCACCCCACCGAAACACAGUCUUCUGGGCAGAGAACGCACGGAAAAUCCUGGAACAUGAGAAAGGCGAACUCUGCAAGAAGUUGCAGGAAAUUAUGAGCAAACCUUGGGAGAAUGAUAAACAGGUCCUGGCUAUCGCUUGUAACGAUGUGGGAUGGCUGGUCAAGGAGGUCCCGGAGAAGAGGGGCCAGUUGGAGAAACUCGGGUUGAAGACGAGGGUUAUGGAGUUGAUGACGGAGAAGGAUGAGGCGGUGCGAUGGGAGAGUUUGAAUGCGCUUAGUGAGUGGUUGAGGUAUAGUUUUGAGACGAAGUAAGUGGAUGAUAAGAUGUGGGGGUAUGAAAUGGGGGAUGGGUUUUAGCUUGAGCUUUCAGAGAAUAAGCGAGAGUUGCACUUGCAUGGCUUGUAUGUUGUAUCAUCAUGGUUUUUUAUUGCUUCCUUGGUGGGAGCGGGGUCGUUAAGUUAGUUCUCUAUGGGUUUGUGCGUAGAGGUUACAUAACUUGACUUGGGUUUUUUGAUGUCUGUUUUGCUGCUCCUUCUCUUUCUUUCUGUAUUUUGGUCUGGUUUGGUUUUUUUUGCAUUGCUUUUUCUUCUUGGUACUGUAUCGGAUGAAUCAAAGUGAUGCUGUGAGUACAGUAUCAUAAACUUUGUUUAUGUUUUGAGGUGUGUUUUGAGGUGUGUGUCGCUUGGGGCUGAAGGGAAGGGGAG